AACUGCAGGAAGCAAAUCACAAACUAACCGGUCAGUCUAGGUGGGGCUUGAUGAUUUCCAAACUUUUAGUUUGAAAGUGAAAGUAAGCAGCUGAAAUGACUUUUGUAGACAUGGACGUGGGGAAAUAUUUGUCUCGCAUCGGGUUAACGGCCCCCAGGAAGCCCGACUUGGAGCUGCUGCGGUCGGUUCACAUCCAUCACCUACUGUCGGUGCCAUUUGAGAACCUCACGGUUCACAGCGGCGGAAGAGUCCAGCUCGACCUCCCGCUUCUCUAUGACAAGAUCGUGAACCAGCGCCGAGGUGGUUUCUGCUAUGAGAACAACUCCAUGUUCUCCUGGCUGCUUACUAAACUCGGCUUCGACUUGCGUCUGGUCUCCGGGCAGGUGAAGAACGCGAUCACGGAAUGCUACGGGCCUCCGUUCGACCAUCUGAUCGUCAUGGUGACUCUGGAGGGCCGCCGGUGGUUGUGCGACGUCGGAUUCGGGACCGCGGGGUUCACUGUCCCACUCUCACUGGACACCGAAGACGUUCAGGAGGAGGGCCACCGGGUGUACCGCAUCAGAGAAGCCGCGGGGAUGCGCUUUCUGGAGUGGCAAAAGGAGGAAAACAAUGGCGCAGAUGGAGACUGGACACAGAUCUACAAGUUCACUCUUGAACCUCGGCGUCUGGAGAACUUCACCGAGAUGUGCAAUUACCACCAGACCUCUCCUUCUUCCAUAUUCUUCUGCAAGUCCUUCUGCACCACUUUAAAACCAGGUGGAAGGCUCACUUACAUUGGCCACAAGCUUAAUACCAUCACAUUCCCAACUGAAGCAACUGGAGGCGUGGUAGAAACCACAACCAGGGAGCUCAAAGAUGAGGAGAUCCCUGGUAUUCUAGCAGAGAAAUUUGGAAUUGUACUUAAAUCUCCUCUAAUACCAAAGGAUGAGGCAAUCACUCCACCCCCCGUUAUGUAUUGAUCAUGCUUUCUUGUGGGGUAUCUUUCUAAGUUGUAUGUCUCUAUAGCACAAUUUCUAAACAGCUGUUGAUUUA